UCUCUCUCAGAAUCAAAAACACUCAGAGAACAGAAAAAAAUGGAAACUUUGGAACGCUUCUGCUCUGUUGCUCUUGUUGUCGUUAUCUGCCUUCUUCUUCUACCUUCGAGCUCAGCUCAACAACAACAACAUGAAUCAAUUAGAACAAUGGAGGAUUUUUCCGGAUACCCAAUUCACGAACCGGGUCAAUUCGGUUCCAUCAAUCUCGCUUCUUCACUCUCCGUUGAUGCUCAAGGACUACAAAAACAGAUAGAUGAGCUUUCUAAUUUUUCUGAUGCUCCUUCUCCAUCAGUCACUAGAGUUCUUUAUACUGAUAAAGAUGUCUUGGCUCGACGGUAUGUGAAGAACUUGAUGGCACUUGCUGGUCUUACUGUUAGAGAAGAUGCAGUUGGCAACAUAUUUGGCAGAUGGGAUGGUUCAGAAUCAAGUCUUCCUGCUGUAGCGACUGGUUCUCAUAUAGAUGCUAUUCCAUAUUCUGGCAAGUAUGAUGGUGUUGUUGGUGUUUUAGGUGCAAUUGAAGCUAUCAAUGUUUUGAAAAGGUCGGCGUUUAAGCCGAAGAGAUCGUUGGAGAUAAUUUUGUUCACAUCUGAAGAACCAACCCGAUUUGGGAUCAGUUGUUUAGGAAGUCGCUUACUUGCUGGAAGCAAAGAACUAGCAGAGGCAUUAAAGACUACAGUUGUUGAUGGCCAAAAUGUUUCCUUUAUAGAAGCAGCUAGAUCAGCUGGAUACGCAGAAGACAAAGAUGAUGACUUGUCUAGUGUGUUCUUGAAGAAAGGAAGUUACUUUGCCUUUAUAGAGUUGCAUAUCGAACAAGGACCUAUACUUGAAGAGGAAGGUUUGGAUAUCGGUGUAGUAACCGCAAUUGCCGCCCCAGCAAGUUUGAAAGUCGAAUUUGAAGGCAAUGGAGGUCAUGCUGGUGCUGUGCUUAUGCCAUAUAGAAAUGAUGCUGGGCUUGCGGCUGCAGAGUUGGCUCUAGCCGUGGAGAAACAUGUAUUAGACUCAGAUUCAAUAGAUACUGUAGGAACUGUUGGUAUUCUGGAGCUACAUCCUGGGGCUAUCAACAGCAUUCCAAGCAAAUCUCAUCUUGAAAUCGAUACAAGGGAUAUUGAUGAAGCUAGAAGAAACACUGUGAUCAAGAAAAUUCAGGAAUCUGCUAACACAAUAGCUACAAAACGAAAAGUGAAGCUAUCAGAAUUCAAGAUUGUAAAUCAAGAUCCACCAGCUCUCUCAGACAAACUAGUAAUAAAAAAAAUGGCAGAGUCAGCCACAGAGCUUAACUUAUCGCACAAGAAGAUGAUAAGCCGAGCUUAUCAUGAUUCUCUCUUCAUGGCCAGGAUAUCGCCAAUGGGUAUGAUAUUCAUCCCGUGCUACAAAGGAUACAGCCAUAAACCUGAAGAAUACUCAUCUCCUGAAGACAUGGCUAAUGGAGUAAAGGUACUCUCCCUCACAUUGGCUAAGCUCUCUACAGACUGAUGCAAAACCCUCUUUCUCAUCCAGAAGCUUUGCACAUUCUCCACCUCUUUUUCUCUCUUUAUGCUCAAAUAUGCAUCUUUGACAAUGUAAAGAAAAUUUAAUAAAUGCUGUGGCCAUCAUCACUUAUCAAGUUAUCAGUCACACAGUUCUAAAACAAUGUUAAUGUAAUUAUCAGCGUUUGAAUGAAGAUGACACAAAGUUGUUAGUUA